CCCCCCUUUACUUUUUCAAUAAAUACAAAAAAAAACGCACAUUAUAUAGGUACAAAGACUUUUAUUUUAGUUCUAAUAAUCAAACUUUAAAAGUUUAAAUAAACUAAUAAAUGUUUUUUAUCGAAAAACUUGAAUAAAAUAAAAGUAGGUACUAAUGAGACACUCGAGAUUGCAUGUUCUGUACCAAUUGGUUGAUUCUAGAUUGCAUGUUCUGUACCAAUUGGUUGAUUCUAGGUUAUGUUUUUGCCAGAGCUAUCAUCAGGUCGCUAUCGACAUCAAGACGAUUUCACUGUUUAGUUUUAAUUAAAACUAGAGCAGAAAGCCUGUCUCACAUAAGUAGGUUGAAGAAAAAGGAACUAGUAUUCGUAAAGCAAGAGAGGCAAGUGCCGAAUUAA